ACACCUCUGCCAGCGCGUGAAGAGGCCUCAUAUUAAUAAUCAUUAUCUGAGGAUGACAAUCCUGAGAGAGAGAUGAAGAUCAGCAUCAUCUCCAGCGAUCACUGACAGCUGUGGAAGCAGGAGGAAAGAGACGGACAGGGUGCGCGGAUUGUGCGCAGUGGUCCAGCAGGAGGAGGAGAGCGCCGGUGUGCACAGCUGAGCGCGUUUUCUUAUGGAAGACACUCAUUUGUUUUAUUUACAGUCAACUGUUCGUGGAGACUAGAAGGGGCCCAAACACACACAACAGAAAUAGCAGCAGUGUCUUCAUCACAUCGACAUCAUGAUUUCCUGCGCUGUGGCAGCACCGAGCAGAGGAAGAGGAGGAGGAGGAGGAGGCGGAGGAGAGGAGCGCUGAUUCACGGCUUGAAGGAGGAGGGAGAGCCGUGGUGUGCGGACCAAAAUCUCUGAAGAUCCAUCUCCCAACAACCUUAAAAUACCGACUCCCUCCUCUGUUUCACUUACCACCACACCCCCGCUCACCACCACGCUCUCCUCCUCCUCCUCCUCCAUUCCUCCCUCCCUCCUUACUCGUCAUUGACAGCUUUGCGACCCGGUCAGUCCGUCAGACAGACGGGGAGGAUCUGGGUAGGAGGGCGCCAAAGCAGGAGAGGACGAGAGGCGAUCACCUUCUGGCCGGUUUGAUCCGAUCGCCAAUACGGAGCAGGCUGCAGGACCUGCGGCUCCAUACGAGGGGGCGAUUUCUGGACCGUUUGACUCCACGGAUCCACAGAACAGCGUAUCCCGAGACUCUGAUCCGAUCAAACAACAAUAAUUAUAUUAUUAUUUUUUAAAAAAAGGGGGCGGACAGGAGCAGGUUUCGCAGUGGCCGCACACAAACUCCCCGGAAUACAAAUCCAGGUGGUGAGUGGAGAAAAACCACAGCCCAGUGCUGGAUCCCAGAGGAACUGUCAGCGUGGUAAGGACCCUUGAGACGUAGAAGGGUGCAUGGAGGGUUCAAGGCCUGUAAAACCAGGGUCCUCAGCCUGCCUCUGGUUAGGGCUGGUGUCCGUGGCUGUAGCCUUCCUUUGUACUGAGGCCCGGACCACCCCGAGUCCUCUGCUAAGCCCCAGCAAUGGAACUUGUCAUGGUAACAACAAGUGUAAUAAAGGGAUCAUCCUGCCCAUAUGGUAUCCAGAGGAUCCCUCCAUGGGAGACAAGAUCGCACGGGUCAUUGUGUAUUUUGUGGCCAUGAUCUACAUGUUUCUUGGAGUGUCCAUAAUUGCUGACCGCUUCAUGGCAGCCAUUGAGGUCAUCACUUCCCAAGAGAGGGAAAUUGUCAUCAAAAGGCCUAAUGGGGAAACGACGACCACCACGAUCCGGGUGUGGAACGAUACGGUUUCCAACCUCACCCUCAUGGCUUUAGGCUCUUCUGCCCCUGAGAUAAUGCUCUCUGUAAUUGAGGUAUGUGGACAUGGAUUCAAAUCUGGAGAACUUGGGCCUGCCACAAUUGUUGGCAGCGCAGCCUUCAACAUGUUUGUCAUCAUUGGCCUCUGUGUGUCCGUCAUCCCGCAAGGUGAAGUACGUAAGGUCAAACAUCUCAGAGUGUUCUUUGUCACGGCAGGCUGGAGCAUCUUUGCUUACAUUUGGCUCUACAUGAUUCUGGCCGUGUUUUCUCCCAAUGUAGUCCAGGUCUGGGAGGGUCUACUCACCCUGGCCUUCUUCCCUCUAUGCGUAGUCCUUGCCUGGGUAGCAGACAGACGACUGCUCUUCUAUAGGUUUAUGCACAAGAAGUACCGCACUGACAAACACAGGGGAGUCAUCAUUGAGACAGAGACUGAACGCUCCAAGGGGAUUGAGAUGGACGGCAAGUUGGUCAACUCUCACUUCAUGGAUGGAGGUGCGGCAAGCAAUCUGAUUGGUUUAAUUGAGGGCAAAGAGGUAGAUGAGUCCCGGCGUGACAUGAUACGCAUCCUAAAAGAUUUAAAGCAGAAGCACCCAGAGAAAGACUUGGAUCAGCUGGUUGAGAUGGCCAACUACUAUGCUCUCUCACACCAGCAAAAGAGCAGGGCCUUCUACCGCAUCCAAGCAACACGCAUGAUGACAGGUGCUGGAAACAUCCUGAAGAAACAUGUCGCAGAACAGGCAAAGAAGAGUGUCAGUGUGCAGGAGGUGCGCAUAGAAGAGCCAGAAGAGUAUGUGUCUCGGAUAGUUUUUGAUCCUGCGGUCUACCAGUGCCUCGAGAACUGUGGUGCUGUCAUUCUGACCAUCACCAGAAAGGGUGGCGACAUCAACAAGACGAUCUCUGUGGAUUAUAAGACAGAAGACGGGUCGGCUAACGCUGGAGCUGACUAUGAGUUCACAGAGGGUACGGUUGUAUUCAAACCGGGAGAAAUGUUUAAAGAAAUAAGCAUUGGCAUCAUAGAUGACGACAUAUUUGAAGAGGAUGAGCACUUUUUUGUACGCCUCGGUAAUUUGCAAGUGCUGGAGACAGAAGAUGAGCUGCUGUCCCCCAACAGUCUCCCAUACCCAAAUGCCAUGUUGGGCUUCCCCACUGUGGCCACCGUGACCAUUCUGGAUGAUGAUCACUCAGGCAUCUUCACCUUUGAGAGCAACUUGGUGCACAUCAGUGAGAGCAUUGGUAUUAUGGAAAUGAAGGUGCUAAGGACUUCUGGAGCAAGAGGAACGGUCAUUGUGCCUUAUCGCACCAUGGAAGGACUUGCCAAAGGAGGAGGGGAAGACUUUGAAGACACCUACGGAGAGCUCGAGUUCAAGAAUGAUGAGACGUGCAAACUUAUUCGCGUGAAAGUUAUUGACGAUGAGGAAUAUGAGAAAAACAAGAACUUCUUCCUGGAGCUGGCCGAGCCUCGAAUGGUAGACAUGAGUCUGCAGAAAGCCCGGUUGUUAGCGGACGAUGUGCCAGACAGGAAGCUGACGUCAGACGAGGAGGAAGCCAAGCGGAUCGCGGAGAUGGGAAAACCGGUGCUGGGGGAACACUCCAAGCUGGAAGUUAUAAUUGAGGAAUCCUAUGAGUUUAAGAGCACAGUGGACAAACUGAUCAAGAAGACCAACCUGGCACUGGUGGUGGGAACCAACUCCUGGAGGGAGCAGUUCCUGGAGGCCAUCACAGUCAGUGCAGAAGAUGAGGAUGAAGAGGACACAGGGGAAGAGCGGCUGCCGUCUUGUUUCGACUACGUCAUGCACUUCCUCACCGUCUUCUGGAAGGUCCUGUUUGCUUGCGUUCCUCCCACAGAUUACAUGAACGGCUGGGCUUGCUUCACCAUCUCCAUCCUCAUCAUUGGCCUGCUCACGGCCGUCAUCGGCGACCUGGCGUCUCACUUUGGAUGCACCAUCGGCCUCAAAGACUCGGUCACAGCUGUGGUGUUUGUGGCACUCGGGACAUCUGUCCCAGACACGUUUGCCAGCAAGGUGUCAGCUGUCCAGGACACGUACGCCGAUGCCUCCAUUGGAAAUGUGACCGGCAGCAAUGCCGUCAAUGUCUUCCUGGGAAUCGGCGUGGCCUGGUCGGUGGCAGCCAUCUACUGGCACAUGAAAGGCAAGCCGUUCGUGGUGGAGGCCGGCUCCCUGGCCUUCUCUGUCACUCUCUUCACCAUCUUCGCCUUCCUGGCCGUUUCGGUGCUUCUUUACCGACGCCGCGCUCACAUCGGGGGAGAACUGGGCGGACCUCGGGGACACAGACUGGCCACGACAGCCUUCUUUUUCGGCCUCUGGUUUCUUUACAUCCUCUUCUCCAGUCUGGAGGCCUACUGUCAUAUAGAGGGCUUCUAAGCGGGAAGAGACUCGUGAAUGUGAGAACGUGAACUCACAGGGGUUUCAAGUACAACUUCAGAGGUAAAAGAGUGCACUCUCGCACUGUGGAAUUGGGUUUUUACUUGUAUUGUGUGGAAGGACAGGAGAGGUAAGCGUGGGAUUUUCCCAGACGCCUUCCUCCCUCUCCCCCUCUGUCUCUCCCUCAACCCCGUCUUUAAGGAUGCUUGGAGGUGUGAAUCCUGCCCUCUCGUGCCAACAGGCCUGUUCGACCUGGCGUAUCAGAGAGCUGUCCUGAGCCCGUGCGAGUGUGCUUACAGUUGGGAUUGGGAAACCACCAAAUCCAGAAGAUGCCAAUACCAAGAGGUAGUCCUGCAUUCCACUAGAAGAGACUGCAGUCUUAUACCCGGAGAGAGCCGAGUUAACCAGAGGUCUAUAUUUUUCUCAACAUCUGCCGAGAAUGACUUUUUUUAAAAAGUAUUUUGGGGAUAAAAAUGCAAAAAAUUUCAAUAAACAACAAACAAAAAAAAGAAACACACAUACACAAAAGAGAAUUCAAAAGAACUAUUUUCUGAUCUAUGUUAAGGAAUAGCAGAAGAAUAUAUCGUAAAUGGAAACGUGAUGUUGAGUGACAGUGGGGUGGAUUCAUAGUAUUUAUUUUUAUUUGCAUAGCUUCCUAAGGAGCACUGCACUGAGUCCUCAGAGGUCACACGAAGAAGAAGAAGACAGUGACAGUUCACACGGGCAGACGAAUCACCAUUCAGACAGACAGGAGGACGAGGUGGACACAGUGAACGUGGUCAAACUGCCCUGAACAUUACUCCCGUACUCUAUACUUAUCUAUAUAUAAUAUAUUUCCAUAUUUUCUGUAUAUUUUGAAUCUUUCUUUAAACGUGGUCACCUUCUGCUCUAACAUCAAAGGAUUUCUGUUGCUAAGCGUGAGGAGGGGGGCGGGGUCGGUGUCAAACUAUUCACUGGAACGAUGUCUUCACAUUUCUAAGAGUUAUGUAUCUUGCCUACAAGUAAACGUAUAACAUUGUAUUUUAUUUAGUCACGGAUAUCUGACUCGAAUUUUCACCUUUUCAAUCAGAACGCUAAAAAAAAAAGAAGAGAGAAAUUGUGUCGCUGCAGAGAUAAAAUUUCAGAGGUAUUUUUGUACUGUUCCAUCCAUGCACUUCGCUGUAUAGAACUAUUUAUGGAGACUUCUACUUGUACAUGUGCAAAAGGCCAAUAUUAUCAAGGAGUGAACAGAGUGCCUGUGCAGGGGGAAGCAUUUGCAGCUGCCCACACUAACCAGAUAAUCACUCCACUGAGAAACUGAAGAACCUCUCUCCAAAAUGGAGGACAGUAAAACUAUGAGGGAUAAUUUGCUAUAGUAGAACAAGUUCAAUAAGGGGUCACAACUUCAGAUUCACUUUUGUACAAUCAACUGUUCAAACCCCAAAGAUAGUCAGUGUUCAGUAAAAUAAAUAGGAAAUAUUUCAGUAUGAGGGACUAAAAGUCAUUGAUUGUGAUUAUCAUCUUCGUUUGCUGACUUUUCUUUUGUCAGUUGACAAAUUGUCGACAUCUGCCAUGUUAUAAUUAUAAACAAAGUGCAAAAUCCUGACGCCAUGAACUGCUCGUAGCUGUUCUAAUAUGAAAACUAUCAUAUGUUUUCCAUAAUGGGUUUUUAAGAAUAUACAACAGACUUACAGUGCUUAACAAAUGUAUUAGAUUCAAGAUAUUUAUUUGUCAUAUGCACAGUACACUGAGAAAUUAAAUUCUUACUUUUUCAACCUUUCCGCCACUCAAAUAAAAUGUACAAACUUAACGAACAUCGCAAACCCGUCUGCCACGGUCCUGUUGAGGAAUGCAAGUAAAUAACUAUAAUUUAAUAAUAAUUUAAUAAAGAAGACAUCUUAAUUAGGAAAUAUUAAUGUGCUUUAUUUAUUUUUUGUAAAAAAAAAAAGAAGUCAAUUUUAAAAUUCAUGGAUAAAAUUAAUAAUUCAUAAUAAUUUGAUUUUAGCAUAAAAAAAAAAACCUGGUUUAUUAACCAUUACAGAAACGUAAAACAUGCCAAUUACCAUUGCUGUUAACUUUACGUGGUGGUCUAAUAAAUUUGUUAAGCAAUUGUACAUAACAAUUAAUUUCGUAGCAAAAAGCUACAGCUACUAGAAAUAUAACUAGCCCUUGUGUUAGCUUAGGCUGCAUCGUAGCAUGUUUCUUCCAUAUCCAUGAUAAACACGACUAAGAACAGGAAUAUAGAAUAAACAACGUCUCAUUUCUGAUUUUAUUACUCUCACUUUCUCGAGAAAUUGAGCUAAAACAAUAACAGUUUUAGCACUUUAGCUCUAUCUGUGAAGUUGCUAAUCGUUGUUAGCUAAUUCAUGCUAACAUCAGAAGCUAAGUUAAUACGAACACCAGUUAGCCCUGUUUGCAAACUUUUAAUGCUAUUUUUCUGGCCACCUCAUCAAAUUUGAGUCUUUGUAAACCAUUGUUAAAUUUAGUUAAGUGUUAGCAAAAAAAUAAUAAUAAUGACAUAGUAGUUGGCAAAAUGUGAGAGUGAAUGCAGAAUUGGCUAAUAAUUCUCAUGGAGGAGCUACCUCUUUCGUGGAAAAUCAGGCUGAUUUGACCUUCAGAGUUGUUGUUUUUCUUAUAAUUUGUAAUCUGCUCCAGUUUGGAUUAAGACUCUUCAGCGAGGAGCAGUGUUGAUGGAUGGCGUGAGUAUCGGAGCAACAGGAAGCUGCAAGUUGAAUUUAAUUGACUGUUUCAUUGCUGUUUAACACACAUGGCCGGUGCUUUGAUUUUAAAAUGACAAUACAACAACAAAAAUCUUUGCAUAUUAUCUUAUGAUCUUAAAAUAAAAUAAAAAAAACACAAUAUUCCAUCAUGAUGGAUGAAUGCAAUAAAGAUACUCAAGGUGAUAUUUCACAUCAUUUCAAAGUAAAAGUGCUUGUUUUGAUAUGGAAGGAUGUACACUUCACAAUAAAAGCACGUCUUUUAAUAUCAAAAACAGAAAUACAUCACAAAUUAAGUCAAUAAUAACGCUCACUGCUGUAAUUGUUUAAAGGGAGAGGACUUUGCGUGGCCAUGAUAUUGAGUGGUGGGCCCCAUGUUUGACACCUCCGGUCUAAAACAUGCAGGGCCAGGUAUUAGGUAUAUGUUAUAUAAUCUAUAUAGUCUGUUAUUUUGCUCAUUUAAAAGUCAUCCACGUACCAAAGAGGGAUGCAACAUCUGUUUAAAAACAACAAACAUAACACAAAAAGUGUCAGUGGCAGUGACAUUAUUUUUCCACAAGGGGGAUGUCAUUCUCCAGUCCCUGUGGUCGUCCCUGCUACUACUUCUUUAUGAGCACUCUUCCUCUUCCUCCUCAUCCUCUUCCUUCUCCGUGUUCUUCCAUUGUGGUGAGCAGUGAUGUAAAUACGUCUUGUGGCUGAAUCGGAUGCUCUUUUCCUGGCCCAGGACCACACCUGCUCCCUUUACGCUCCCUCUCUUUAUCUCUCUUAUACACUGUAUAAACACACACACACACACACAUACAGACAGUGAGACCCCUGUCCCAUUCAGAGGCAACACAAACUUGACCACGUUAUGUACAUAAUUAUUGUUUUCAGACACAGUAUAGACUGAGGGAAUUAAUGCAUCAACACAACUCUAGCUACAGUCACUUCAUCUAAGCCAGUGAAAUUUUACCUUAUUUAUUUAAGAGAUUUUCCUCACCAAGUCACCCUCUUGUUUAUUUUUAUUUUUUUUAAAUAUCAAAAACAUUUUGACUCUUUAAGUGACAAGUCAAGUGCGUGUUCUUCAUUUUUAUCUUUGCCUAUAGUGGCUUUUACUCGUAUGGUUUAUUUAUUUGGUUGUACUGUUGUCAGGACGUGUUUUGAAGCACUGAACGUGUGUGUGUGUGUGUGUGUGUGUGUGUGCUAAUGUGCAUGUUUACCCGCCCCCCAAUUCGCACUCAUGUGUGCACCAGGUGCUGCUGUUGUUGCUGCUGAUGGUCUCCACAAAGGCACGACUCUUGACAUUCUGUCUUAAAAU